UGAGCACACGGAACGAGCUGCCAGAGGAUGUGGGUGAAGCAGGAACAAUAACGACAUUUAAAAGACCCUUGGACAGGUCCAUGGGGAGGAAAGGUUUAGAGGGACCUGGGCCAAAUGCAGGGCGACACCAUGGACGUGGCAAAUCACAGCGUGGUCCUUCUGCAGCAGCUCAACGUCCAGCGGGAGUUUGGCUUCCUAUGUGACUGCACGGUGGCCGUGGGGGACAUCCACUUCAAAGCCCACCGAGCUGUGCUGGCUGCAUUCUCCAACUACUUCAAGAUGAUCUUCAUUCAUCAGUCCAGCGACUACAUCAAGGUGCAGCCAGUGGACAUCCAGCCAGACAUCUUCAGCUACUUGCUGCACCUCAUGUACACAGGCAAAGGGCCAAAGCAGCCCGUGGAUCCCAACCGCCUGGAGGAAGGCAUCCGCUUCCUGCACGCCUACAACCUGGUGCACGACCCGGGCCAUGGGGGGCAGGUGUUUGCCCAGCACCACGAGGUGCUGCCCUUGCAGUCACCCAACCUCUACGGCAUCCAGAUCUCAGGCUCGCAGAAGCUGCAAGUGAGGGACCUGCAGCCGCCCGGAGGCCGGAGCGGGGCGGCUGCCCAGACCUUGGAGCAGCCCUGCCAGGCAUCCCUGGGAGCGGCCACCAACAUCCCUGAGCACCGGUAUGCCCGCCCUCCCAUCGGCCAGGAAUCGGUGGCGGGGACAGAGGACAGUGGUCAGAGCUUCCCGCCGGCAGCGUCCCGGGGUCUACUCUCGGGCGGGCUGCAGGUGCCUGGCCUCAACUUCAAGCGGGGCAAGUCCCACAAACUCUACUCGUGCCACUACUGCGGGGAGAGGUUUGCCGCCAGGGGCAGUCUCCGGGACCACCUGUACUCCCACGCCAGCGGCGCGCUGCCCUCUGGAGCCUCCGCCGAGUGCAGGGGCCCGGGGGAGCCCCAGGAGGUGGAGAAGCCCGAGGGGCUCCCUCCGCAGGGCAGCGAGAGCCUGCUCCCUGCCUCUGACCAACCGGAGGGGGGCAGUCUGGACGAGCAGCCUCCCGUCGGCCUGACAGUGACCAUAGGAGCCUACGGGGACCCUGUCGAUUCCGGCGGCAACUUUGGGGCAGCCAAGAGGAGGAAGUUCGCCUGCAGUGUGUGCGGCCACUCCGCCGAGCCGGACCCCGGCGCCACGUCACCGCCCUCGGCAGCGCCCCCCGCAGGACCGGAGGAGCCGUCGGUCGCCCCGCAACGACCGGAGGAGGAGGAGGAGGAGGGGGAGGAGGAGGAGCUGAUGGUGACGUCGAGCCCGACCCCGGGCGCGCCGCCGCCGGCCGAGCUGGAGCGCGCCUUCCGCCAGGUCUUCGCCGGCUACGAGGCGCCGCGCGUGCACGCGCACUACAAGUGCGCGCGCGUCGGCUGCGAGCGGACGUCGUCGUCGUCGUCGGCGGCGGUGUCCGAGGCGCGGCGCGGCGACCGCUUCGUCCACAAGUGGCUGUCGGACCGGGAGCUGACGUACUGCGAGCGCACCGGCGUCUACUGGCUGCUGUACGAGGAGGGCCAGGGCAUGUUCUGCUACCUGUGCCGGCGCCACGACACCCACAACAAGCAGAACAAGACCAAGGUCUUCAACGGGACGCCGGCCGUGCGCUACAAGAAGUCGGCGCUGCAGGUACACGCCGAGUCGCAGCAGCACGCCGCCGCCGUGCACGCCGAGCUGGCGGGCCGCAUGUCGGCGCGGGAGAUGGCCGAGCGGGAGCGCCAGGAGGCGGCCGCCCUUCGCGCCCUUUUCCUCGCCGCCUAUUGGCUGGCGCGGGAGGGACUGCCCACCGCCAAGCUCCGCCCCGCCCUGCGUCUGCUGGCGGAGGCGGGGCUGGCGGGCGGCGCCGCCACGCACUUCCGGCGGGCCGACACGCUGCAGGAAGUGUUCCGCGGGCUGGGCCGCGCCGUCCGCCGCCGCCUACUCGGCCGCCUGCGCCGGGCCGCCGCCUACGGGCUCCGGUGCGAGCGGGCGGGCCCGGGGGCCGAGGCCACGCUGCUGGUCUUCGUCCAGUUCGUCGAGCCGGGCACGGCGGAGGUGGCGAGCGGGCUGCUGUUCGCCGAGGCCGCCCCGGUUACCGGCCGGGCCUGGGACUCGGCCGAGGAGUUGGCGGCGCUGAUCGGCCGCGCCCUGGGCCGCCUGGAGUUGCCGGCCGGCCGCCUGGCCUGGCUGGUGACGGACGGCGGCGAGGUGAUGCCGGCGGCGGCGGCCCGGCUGCGGGAGCGGAGCCCGGUGCUCCUGGGCCUGCCGUGGGUCUGCCGCCGCCUACUCCUGGCCGCCGCCCCGGGCUGCCGCCGCCUACUCCGGGUCGAGGCCUGGCUGCAGCAGCUGUGGGAGGCGCUGGAGCGCUCGCCCGGCCUGGCCGAGGCCUACCUGAGCGCCCGGCUGGCCUCGCAGCCCAGCCGCCGCCUGAGGCCGCCGCUGCUCCGCCGCCUGAGGCGGGCCUGCCGCCGCCGCCGCCUGUCGCUCGAGGCCUCGGUGGAGGGCGCCUACCACGAGUACCCGGCGCUGCUGCGGGCGCUGGCGGCGGCGGGCGAGGCCGAGGCGGCGGCCGGCGGCCUGCUGAGCCGGCUGGGCGACCCGCGCUUCGCCGGGGCCCUCUACAUCCUGCGGGAGGCCUCGGCCUCGCUGCUCGGCCUGUCCCGGGCCUGGCGCCGGGGAAGCCUCCAGCCGCCCGGCCUGGAGCCCGCCCUGCGCCAGGCCCUGCAGCGGCUGGAGGAGGCGGCCGCCUCCCGAGCCCCCUUGGCCCGGCUCCGGGCCGACCUGGAGCCCGGGGGCCGCCUGGCCUGCUGCGGCCUACCGGCGCUGGAGGCCGGGGACGAGGCCGAGCUGAGCGGCCUGCUGGAGGCCUACACGGCCGGGCUGGCGGCCGACCUGCGCCGCCGCUUCGGGGCCUCCGGGCCGCUGCUCGCCGCCUUCUCCGUCUUCAACCCGCUGCUGGUGCCCGAGCCGGGCUCGGCUGCCUUCCCAGCCCACGGCCAGGCCGAGGUGGGGGCCUUGGCCGCUCACUACCACCCCGGGGAUCCGGAGGCCGAGGCCCGGCUGCAGGCCGAGUGGGCCCGGCUCCGGCUGCAGCUGCCCGGCUGGAGGGACGAGGUCCCGGCCGACGGAGGGGCCUCGGCCACCGAGUGGUGCCUCCGCCGGCUGCUGGGCCACGGCUCCUACCCGGGCCUGGCGCCGCUGGCCGAGGCCUCCCUCUCGGCCCCGGUGGGCCCCGGCCCCUGGGACCGGGCCUUCGCCGCCCUGCGGAGGCUGGAGGCCCGGCUGCGGGGAGGCCGGGGCGAGGAGGCCGGGCUGCUCGACAGCCUGCUGCACGUCAGCGUGAACGGGCCCGAGCUGGGCACCGCCGACUGCGGGCAGCUGGUGCAGGAGGCCGCCCUCGCCUUCCUGCAGCAGCGCCGGCGGAGGGGCCGAGGCUCCCCGCCGCGGGACGAGCCCUCGCCGGCCUCGGGCAAGGCCGAGGAGGCGGCGGCCGAGGGCUGCUGCUCGGAGGGCUCGGAGCAGGAGCUGGAGCAGCUGCAGCAGGAGCUGGACCAGACGGUGGGCGCCCUGCAGCUCCAGGCCGACAACGAGAGCGACUCGGAGGACAGUCUGUGCGACUGAGCACCCGGGGGCACCCACCCCUGGGUAUCCACCCCGGUCCACCAGGGGGAUCCUCCCAGGGGACCCACCCGGUCCGCCUGUCAGUGCCCGGCCAGAGCGGCCACCGGGCAGAAGCCCCCCUCGGUUGGUCCCCUUCCUCUCGCUCCU